AUGUGGAAGCCAGCAACUGACUUUGCAACAAUGAGAUGCCUCACCCACCCACUGCUCAAGAGGUUGUUGGGUCUUUCGCCUCAGCGUGUGCCGGGAGGACUGAGUCAAAGUAAAGGUCCUGACCUCAGCCUGAAGUGGUCAGCUUUGAGGCAGAGCUGCAGUGGAAGACCUGGGCUCGUAACUGCCACUGAUGCGGUCAACUACUGGCACAAGGUGUUUGAGACAAAUGGGAUCCUUGAAGCGCGAGAAUCCAGUGAAUAUAUCGUGUCAUUUGUCCUGGGAGCAAAAACAUUUCAGAGCUUGAACUCCAAAAGCCUUCACACUCCGCUUACAGCGGCGCAGCAGGAGCAAAUCCAGCAGCUGAGCAACAAGCGACUACAAAGAAUGCCAGUGCAGUAUGUGCUUGGUGAGUGGGACUUUCAGGACCUGACUCUGAAGAUGAGACCCCCAGUAUUUAUUCCUCGGCCUGAAACUGAGUGGCUUAGUACUUUGAUACAAGAGCAAGAAUCUCAAAGUUGUCCAGAGGUGGUUAGCAAAACCCUGCAGUAG